UGUGGCUAUAAAAGUUAGAUUUAAUAUGCGGCAACUUGUAUCUCUGUGUCAAAGCCUAUGCUGUAGAGUGUUGGGAACCAUACGCAUUGAGUAAUUUUAUGCCACAACCAUGCCUAUCAGCAAAAUCUAUGCUCGUCAAAUCUUUGACAGUCGUGGAAAUCCAACUGUAGAAGUUGAUCUUACUACUGAUAAGGGCUUGUUUCGAGCUGCAGUGCCAAGUGGAGCAUCCACUGGAAUUUAUGAAGCUCUUGAACUUCGGGAUGGGGAUAAAACUUCAUAUCAUGGUAAAAGUGUCAGGAAGGCAAUUGACAAUGUAAAUAAUACAAUUGCUCCAGCUCUACUGGCUAAGAACUUUGAACCAACCCAGCAGGUAGAAAUUGAUGAAUUUUUGUUAUCACUGGAUGGAACUGAAAACAAAGGCAAGCUUGGAGCCAAUUCUAUUUUGGGAGUGUCCCUGGCUGUCUGUAAGGCAGGAGCAGCCCAGAAGGGUAUUCCACUGUAUCGUCACAUCUCUGAUUUGGCUGGGAAUAGUGAUGUAAUCUUGCCAGUCCCUGCUUUCAAUGUGAUCAAUGGUGGAAGCCAUGCUGGAAACAAGUUGGCUAUGCAGGAGUUCAUGAUCCUUCCUACUGGUGCUAGUUCUUUCACAGAAGCCAUGAAAAUAGGCAGUGAGGUUUAUCAUCACUUGAAAAAUGUCAUCAAGAAAAGAUUUGGUCUUCAAGCCACUGCUGUUGGUGAUGAGGGAGGCUUUGCUCCAGACAUCCAGAACAACAAGGAGGCUCUAGAACUAAUUAAAGAAGCCAUUGAUAUUGCUGGCUACACUGGUAGGAUUGAUAUUGGCAUGGAUGUGGCUGCUUCAGAGUUCUACAAAGAAGGCAAGUAUGAUUUGGACUUCAAGAACCCCAACUCUGAUCCUGCCCAGUGGCUUACACCUGAUGCUCUUGCUUCUAUGUACCAAGAAUUCAUCAAGGAUUAUCCAAUUGUAUCAAUUGAAGAUCCUUUUGACCAAGAUGACUGGGAUGCUUGGUCCUCUUUUCAGGCUGCUGUAGAAAUUCAGGUUGUUGGUGAUGACCUGACAGUGACCAACCCAAAAAGAAUCCAGCAAGCAGUGGAUAAGAAAUCCUGUAACUGUCUGCUACUGAAAGUUAACCAGAUUGGAAGUGUAACUGAGGCUAUUAAGGCACAUCAGCUAGCUAAAUGUAACAACUGGGGAACAAUGGUAAGCCAUCGUAGUGGUGAGACCGAAGAUACAACUAUUGCUGAUCUGGUGGUUGGGCUCUGUACAGGUCAGAUUAAAACGGGUGCUCCUUGCCGAUCAGAACGACUUGCCAAGUAUAACCAAAUCUUAAGAAUUGAGGAAGAACUUGGUUCUAAGGCAAAGUAUGCUGGAAAGAACUUUCGCCACCCCAACUAGAUGACAUAUGAUGGUGUUAAGUUGCUCAUGGUGGAAGUGCAGUGUGCUUUUAUUGGUCUUGCUUAUUGUUAUUCCAGAAACAUUUGCAUUUAUAAAACAUAGUGUUUUAAUUCAAGCCUAGUUUAGCUAUAAAAAUUUGUUAUAGAAUAUGUUAAUGAAAAAAAAACAACUGUAAUACCAUAUUAAAAAGAAAAUAUAAUUAGAAUAAAUGUUUAUUGUGGCUAAUUUGCUUCUGUAAGUAGAAGCAUAUUCUCAAUAUGUAGUGGACUGUUCAUCCAUAACCUAAAUUAUUACUUUUUACUGUUGUGUUUUCUAGUCAACAUUCAUGAACUGCCAAUAGCCAGUUUGGGUGAAUGGAAUCUACCCGGUGAUUAUUAAGUUGUAUUUUAAUUUUCCUUUUUUUUUUUUUUUAUCUUAUUUUGCUAUUUACAACAGAAGUAAUUCCUAAAUGUUUAGUUUUAAUCUUUCUGUAAUUAUUUUCAAUAUUUAAGGGUAAUAUUUUUCAAAAUCCAUAAUUUUUAAUUUUCAAGAAUCUUCUAAAGAUCUUAAUUAUCUUGGGGAAUCUGAAUAAGUGUUUUCAUUUGAAAAUCAAAUUUUCUUAUUCAUUUGAUAUUAAACUGAUAUGUGUAAAUAUGUUUUAUAAUUAAUACUAUUUUCAUAGUUUAUUUUAUUCACUAAAUCAUUGAAAGCCACACUAAUAAUGUAUAACAUGCUGCUAAUGAUCUCUGCUGUUUUUUUGUAUUAUCUGAUAUAUUGUGUAUUUUUGUUCAGAAUUGUGAUAAAACUCCACUUGUUGCAGGUUUGGGCUGUCCUAUAAUAAAAUUUUGCUUUUUCCAGUAGAA